AUGACAGCGCAUCCGCCUCUCUCUCCUCCUCUGCAACCUCCUUCCAAAGCCUCCUUCACCGCAAAAAGCACUACGCUAUCGGCUGUCGCGAAGACUAACCCUACUCCUAACACAUCAGCAUCUCCCUCGCAGGUCCAUCCGACAAGGACGCGACAGAAUGCGCACAGCUUGGAAUACACCUCCGACAAGGCCACAACCGCCUUGAUUCGACGAGUACUUGGGUCUCAGACUGGCAUCGAUCAAACUAGUUCACCAAGAUCCCUUGAGGAUAUACUACCUCCCCUGACCAGUAGCAACGAGAUAGACUUACAACUGUACGCCAUCAUUGCCAUUGUGGUCAAGGACUUUGUCCAGGUCUGGUACUCCAAGAUCACUCCUGAUCAUGUCUUUAUUGAAGAGGUCGUCCAAGUCAUUGCCCAUUGCAGCCGAGCGGUGGAACAAAGACUGCGGCGGAUCGAUCUUGAAGAGUUGAUCUUUGACGAGAUACCAGCGUUGGUAGAAGCUCAUAUACUCGGUAAGGGAUCAACCGGAUCUGGCAAAUCAUGGACUGCUCAUCAGACCAUAUCGCCCUCCGCCUAUCACUCUGCACCGGUGGAGAUCUACCACUCCCUCAACCCGCAUCCUGCCUUGUCACCAUUCCCGAACUCCGACCAGAUCGAAUCAUGUCAUGUCCAAGCCCAGAACGAGACUGUCUACCGCCAGCUGCUCGUGCAAGGUGCAUUGGCCGUCUUGUUGCCUACGGAAGAUCUACAGAAUGCUUGCCUCCGUACCCUCGUUUCCGACAUCGUUGCUGACCUCAUUCUUGGACAAGGCAUAGGCGACAAGGCUUGUGAAGGCUGGUUCUUGCACGAGACAUGCAUCAAGGUCGUGGCAGUGAUCAAGUCCCGCAUCGAGCCAAAAACAAAAGGCGAGGAGGCUGCGCAGAACUCUAGAAGCCGUCUCGAAAAAUUUGGCCUAUUAUCUCCAAAAGACGGCGACUUACGACCCCAUUUGUCCACCAACGACCAAUCGCUAAUAUUGGCGUUGUUUUGGCGAGUCCUACAAUUUGCCUAUCUGUUCUUCCUCGUUAUCCGCUUUGUUGCUGUUGGUCUAAAUCGGGCACGAUCACUAUCGUCACGAGGACAUUCGUUACAGUCAAGUACCCCUUCCCCAAUCGCCAACACCGGCAGCAGUCCUGCGACGCUAUCGAAGUCAUGGUCAACCGUACCAUCUCCACCACAGCGGCCUAUCCUCGACUAUCGCUUCUUCGCUCUCUGCUCCACUUUGCUCGACUUGUCGACGCACAUGCCUUGGCUUACGGGCUUGCUGUCCUUGUGCAAAUACGGCCUUCUGACAGGGUCUGGGCGGCUAGGGGCGGCUGAUGGUCUUCUCGAAAGGUUCCUCCACAACACGCUGACCACUCACAUCACCCCCUGGCCAACCCUCCUUCCAACCCUUCUCCUCAACCUCCGCACCGCCCUGUUCCCCUUCAAUACCCGCGGCCCCCCCGCCCCUCCCCCUCCAAGCGCAGAAGAAGGCCUCAAGAUCCGUCGACGCGCCGCUGAAUCUGUGCUCAGCCUCAUCCCCAAGCCUGUAGCGCGGGUGUACUUCGCGAGCAAUCACACUAACAACAACAGGGCUGAGAAGCAGAAUGGAGGUGGAGAAUACGAUUCGGACUCGGAAUUGGAGCAGGAGGAGAUGAUUGCUCAGCUAGAAGAGAUGCUGGAUGUUUUUGGGAACGCGUACAUGAAUAAACACCUUGUUUAUAAUCUGCUGGAAUUGGUGUUGGCCCGUUUGGUCCCGGAGAUGGCGGAGAGGGGACCUGGGGAGCUGCUGAGGGAGAGAGGCGUGGAAAGGUUCUGA